CUUAUUUGAAGGGUAUUAAGUGCUUAUAUAAAUUAACCUAUCAAAUACUCACUCACACCUCCUCUUAAAGAAUGGAAAAAAUUGACCUUUCUUCUAACUCCAAGCAAAUCCAAUCUUCCUACGACAAGGUUGUCAGGGGUGAUCCAAGUGCUACUUACGUAGUAUACACUGUGGACAAGAACUUGGCAUUGUCUGUAGAAAGUACUGGAAAUGGUACCCUUGAUGAAUUUGUCGAAAACUUUGUUGAUGGCAGCAUUCAAUUUGGAUUAGCCAGAGUAACAGUUCCGGGUUCUGAUGUCUCAAAGGUUCUCCUUUUAGGUUGGUGUCCAGAUAAUUCUCCAGCCAAGCUGAGAUUGUCAUUUGCUAGCAACUUUGCUGAAGUAUCAAAGGUUUUAAGCGGUUAUCACGUUCAAAUUACUGCAAGAGAUCAAGAUGAUUUGGAUGUAGAUGAAUUCUUGAGUCGUAUAGGAGCUGCUGCAGGUGCCAGAUACUCUCUCAAUUCUACUUCCACUGGAAGUAAACCAAAGGUUUCUGUGCCAGCACCAUCCAAGCCAAUUGUUGCUAAGUCUACCCCUGCCAAGCCAUCAUACGUUCCAAAGUCCACUGGAAAGCCAAUUGUACCUAAGCCAAUUGCCCCAAAGCCAGCUGGUUUCGGUGGCAAGACAACCGAAAGCAAUGACGGUUGGGGUGAAGAAAAGGAAAUUGAAGAAAGAGACUUUUCUCAAAAGCCAUUGGAAGAUCUUCCAUCUGCUUAUAAGCCAACCAAGGUUGAUAUUAAUGAAUUGAGAAAGCAAAAGUCCGAUACAAUUUCAUCUCAACCAAAGGCUAGAGUUGAAGACAAGGAAGAAACUAUUAAACCAGUUUCAUUGUCAGAAAGAUUAAACACUUACAAGUCCAAUGAAGAAGGCCCAUCGAGCGAUGGAAGAUUAACUUCGUUGCCAAAGCCUAAGGUAAAUAACUCUGUUGCAUCUCGUUUUGCUCCAGCAGCCAAGUCUGGGGCACCAUCCUUUGGAGCCAAGCCAGUAUUCGGAUCCAACUCUGACUCGAAAAAGGAUAAGUUGGUUGGUGGAUUAUCCAGAAACUUUGCUGCUGAAGGAGGUAAGACUCCAGCUCAAUUGUGGGCUGAAAAGCGAGGCCAAUAUAAAUCUGUUUCUCCAGAAGCUGAGCCUGAAGCUGAAAGUUCUGAUAUUGUCAAUAAAUUUCAACAAACAAACAUAAGGGAUGAAGAACCAGAGGAAGAAGAAGAGCAAGAAGAAGAAGAGCAAGAUAAACCAGUUCCAUCUUUACCAACUCGUAAUUUGCCACCACCACCAGUUAAGGCCGAUCAACCAGAAGAAGAACAAGAAGAACAAGAACAAGAGGAAGAGGAAGAGGAGGAAGAAGAGGAACUUGCUGCUCCAUCUUUACCUGUACGUAACUUACCUCCACCUCCAAACCCUGACUUACCAGUACGUAACUUGCCUCCACCACCUGCUAGAAACGUGCCUGCUGCUGCUCCUUCUCCUGCUGCCGCUCCUGCUCCUGCUCCUUCUCCUGUUCCUACUCCUGUUGCUGCUCCUGUUGAAAAGAAGGAGGACAGUGUAACUGCUGUAGCUGAAUACGAUUAUGAAAAGGAUGAAGAUAACGAAUUAUCAUUCGCUGAAGGGGACUUGAUUAUUGAAAUUGACUUUGUUGAUGACGAUUGGUGGUCUGGAAAGCAUUCUUCAACCGGUGAAGUAGGUUUAUUCCCAGCCACAUAUGUUUCACUUAAGGAAGAAUCAAGUGCUGCUGCUAAGACUCCAGAAGAACCAGUUAAGCAAGAGCCAGCUCAAAAGACUUCGGAGACUUCAGCUACCGCUGAAUACGAUUACGAAAAGGAUGAAGACAAUGAAAUUUCUUUCUCUGAAGGUGACGUUAUUGUUGAAAUUGAAUUUGUGGACGAAGACUGGUGGUCCGGUAAACAUUCCAAAUCCGGGGAAGUUGGUUUGUUCCCUGCAAACUACGUUAAGUUGAACUAGGUUUGCAUUAUGCAAAUUAUUUUUGAAAAGAAAAAGAAGAAACGAAAACGCCAGAAAUAUAAAGUUUUAGACUCAUUUCACUACUACCAAUAAAAGUUUAUAUGUAUUCUUACUUGUAG